GCUUAUUCUAGUGGAGAAACCGGAGAGAAGCUCUCACAAAACCGGAGAGAACCCCUCUUCUUCUUCUUCUUCUUCUUCUUCUUCUCACGCUCAGAGUUUUUGAAUGUGUUUAACAAAUUCACGACCUAAUGUCUCGGAGAAUGGAAAGAAGUUGGCUUAUUAACAGCAGAGGACUUGCAAAGAAAGUGAAAAAUGCUGCUUGUUCUCCUUCUUAUCAAAUAAAAGACUGUGGAGCAAGUCGUGAAUGCCCAAAUUGCCAUUGUCGUAUUGACAACAGUGAUGUUUCUCCUGAGUGGCCUGGGCUGCCAGCUGGUGUAAAGUUUGAACCCUCUGAUGAAGAACUUGUUGUGCACUUAGCAGCAAAAUGUGAUUCUGAUAGCAUAAAGCCACACAUGUUUAUUGAUGAAUUUAUUCCCACACUUGAAGGGGAAGGAAUUUACUGCGACCAUCCAGAAAAUCUGCCCGGUGCUAAGAAAGAUGGAAGCAGCAUUCAUUUCUUUCACAAGAUAAUCAAUGCUUAUGCUACUGGUCAGCGAAAGCGCCGCAAGGUCCAAAAUCAUGGUUCUACAGCAGAGCAAGUCCGCUGGCACAAAACUGGCAAGAGUCGACCUGUAAUUGAAAAUGGACUUCAGAAGGGUUGGAGGAAGAUUAUGGUUCUCUAUGAAACCUCCAAGAAGGGCUCCAAGCCAGAUAAAACCAAAUGGGUCAUGCAUCAAUACCAUCUUGGAACUGAGGAAGAUGAGAAGGAAGGUGAAUAUGUUGUUUCAAAGAUCUACUACAAGCAGCCAAAGCAGCCUGAAAUCUAUGAUAACAAUAGUAACUGUCAUCUGAUUGAAGAAUCCGACACCAAGGCACUUCAAACUAGUCCCAUGACCCCAAAUUCAAAUCCUCCUAUCCCACCUCGACACGGGAAGUCUAUAUUAACUGAUGACAUUGCUGACAAUACUCUUCCCCAGUCAUCUUCCAAGGAAGAGGAAGGAGGGCGUACGCAGGAAGCACUUCUAGACCCUCAAACGAAUAAUAUUGAGGCUGAGGAAGCACUUCUAGACCCUCAAACGAAUAAGGAAGCACUUCUAGACCCUCAAACGAAUAAUAUUGAGGCUGAGGAAGCACUUCUAGACCCUCAAACGAAUAAGGAAGCACUUCUAGACCCUCAAACGAAUAAUAUUGAGGCUGAGGAAGCACUUCUAGACCCUCAAACGAAUAAUGUUGAGGCUGAGGAUGACAUGGGGUACCCUGCAUGGCUGGCAGGCGAAUCUCAAGCCAUCGAUAACUCUGGUUUAAAUAGCAUUGAUGAUUCCUUGUUAUGCAAGGAAAGAUUAGAUUCAGGAUGUAAUUAUAUAUCUAACACUGACUUUACUGGAAAUAACAAAUCCACUGGAGAAAAUAUUGCGCCAUGUGGUAUCUCUGACCUUGAAAACCUUGAACUUGAUACUCCUCCGGAUUUCCACCUUCCUGAUUUGCAGUUUUGUUCCCAAGAAAGUAUACUUGAUUGGUUAGACAGGUUCUGAAGCGUGGUUUAUGGGACAAAUACUUGAGGAAUAACAUUGAAUUCCGACUUUAAGACUAACCAAUCUCCAUUUCCUUCUCUGCAAGUUCUCUGAGCUCUAGGAACGCUUUAAGGUUUUCUAAGCCAUGGGAUUGUUGGUUAAAACUGAUCAGCUGAGAUUGA